AUGCGCGUACUGCGCCGCAAGCGCGACUGGCGCGGUGAAGCGGUGGUGAAGCUUGUGGAUGCGGGCGUAAAACGAGCGGUGGUGCAGCAGGCGGUGGCCGUAGUAGAAGAGGGCCUCGCGCAGCACGAGGGAGAUGGCGAAGUCUCUGGCGAUUAUGGGGAGAGCGGGCAGCGGGGCUUCGAUCCGGACGAGGAGGGUGCAGUCGCGGAUUUCCUGGCUCGUGGGCUGUUUGGGGCCGGGCUGGAGCUUGUGGCGGGUGGAGAAGGAUGGGGCGAAGAUGUCGAGGAAGAGGAAGAAGAGCGAGGGGAGCCAGAAGGUGAGGAGUUGGAUGGUGAGAGUGCCGAAGAACUCAAUGGCUGGAUCUGA